UGGGAUGUCUGGGUAGCAGCUCCUGCUAUGACCUGGGCUGGCAUUGCACAGGCUGGGGGAGUGCACAAGCUGGAUUCCUAUGAGGGAGAAGAGGCUGCUGCAGAGAGCAUGCAGUAGGUGCUGCUGAAACCCCCUGCCUUUGAAGGGUUAACCCAGGAACUCAGAUUUUGUGUCCAGAGCUGCUUUAUGAAUGUGAUGGAGAUGCUGGAAGAAGAUUUGACGUGUCCAGUCUGCUGCAGUCUUUUUGAAGACCCACGUGUUUUGCCCUGUUCACACAGUUUCUGUAAGAAAUGUUUGGAAGGGAUUAUUGAAGGAAAUUCCAGGAAUAUGUUAUGGAGGCCGUCCUCUUUGAAGUGUCCAACCUGCCGUAAGGAGACUUCUACAACGGGCGUUAAUGGCUAUCAGGCCAACUAUUUGCUGAAAGGGAUUGUAGAGAAAUACAAUAAAAUUAAGGUUUCCCCAAAGAUGCCCGUGUGCAAAGUGCACAGCGGACAACCUUUAAAUAUGUUUUGCUCAACGGAUCUAAAACUCAUCUGUGGGUUCUGUGCCACCAGUGAGGAACACAAAGGUCAUACGUUUUCCUCAAUCGACAAUGCUUACAACCAGGAGAAGAGUUCCGUCCAGUCUCUGCUAAUGCAAUCCGAGAACUGGCAUUGUGAUGAUGUGCUGUCCCACCUUAAAACCUUGGAAACAAAUAAAAGGAAGGCUCUCCAUUUACUUUCUAUGGAUUCGGAUAAAGUAAAGGCCUACUUUGAAAAACUGCAACAUGUCCUGGAGCAGAAGAAAAAUGAGAUCCUCUCUGAUUUUGAAACCAUGAAGCUGGGUGUGAUGCAGGCAUACGAUCCAGAAAUCAACAAACUGAAUGCUAUUCUGAAGGACCAGAAAAAGGCUUGCGAUAUUGCUGAGGAUUUCAAGGAGAUAUCUGACCCUCUUCUGUUCCUACAGCAAGUGCAGGAAUUUAGGGAGAAGAUAAAUAUAAUCAAGAAAGCACCAUUACCAUCAGUCUCUGAUGUGACAGUAAGCCCAUCUAUGAAGAAUUUUGAUACUAGCAUGUGGGAUACCGUUAAACUUGCAGAUGUGGAUAAACUUAGUUUGCCACCAGAAUCUCCCAAGAAAAAAUAUAACAUUCGGCUAAAAUUUCCCUUUCAGGUGCUGUCUAUUAGAGUCCUACUUCUUUGCCUGGUGGUGACAAUACUUGUUUCAGGUUUCUUCUAUGACUAUCAUCUGAAUGUUCAUGAAUAUAUAGAUUCAGGAUGUUGGUAUCUAUCGACCAUUACAAGAAAGGCCACUGACCACAUUUCCACUUUCUGGAAUCUGACUUCAAAAGAAGUAUUUGACAUGAGUGAAAGAUGUCAGACAUAUUUCGUGGCAUUUGUAGAACAUGUGGCCGAAUUUGCUUGUAAAUAUAAACUAUAAUCUCUGUAUGUGUGAAAAUAAAUAUUUUUGCCUCAAUCCAAAUGCCACUGACAUGAAUUUUCAUCAGAUAGUAAAAUAUCACUUGUCGUCACCAGACAUUUUAUUCCGAGGUGUUACUAAUUCUUGUAUUACAAAGUAGCAGAACAAUGGGCCAUGUAGCUCAGUUCCAACUUAAACAAAAAAUAAAUAAAUAAUCUUUUGGUUAAAGUAACCUUUCCUAUCAUGGUCCCUGAUCCCAAAAGGAAAAAAAAGAAAGCUAAAACUCACCUUACUUUCCAGUGCGGUGGCCAAGUUCUCCCUCCGUUCAUUUCUCCUUUUUUUAUGUAACUCACUGUGCUGGAGGGUGCAGAUGCUAGGUGGUUUUAGGCUGAGGGAGGACAGGAGUGUCGCGGAGGGUGGAACCCUGCAGCUAUUGGCUGUCUGUCGCCUGGAUCCCUAAGGUUAGGGAUAUGAAUUUUAUUGUUAGGUGUAGUAUAACCUGAAUUUUAAUGUAUUAAUAAUAUGGCAAUUUUUCAGUGUAUGCUCAGAAUAUCAGCCAGUGGACAGGAUAUAAACCAUAAUCAAAUCACAGUAUUCUACAAUCCCACCUCAAGUGCACUUGGCUCACGCAGUAAUAGUCUUCUGUAAAAGUAAUUUUAUUUACUUUCCAAAUUCAGACUAAUUUGUAACCUUCAUGCAGGAAAAGAGUUUGUCUCUUCAUUUAGUAUUUUUUUUAUUUUUUAUUAUUCACGAGAACCUCAUAGCUAUUAUGUACAGUUCAAACAUGCAGUGUAUAACUUCCUAUUAUCUAGCUAAAUGUAAAACUGUUUUAUACAAAUUCAAAAAUCGUUUGGAAGUUUGCUGGUUUGCCAGAUAUGAAGAAGAAACACACAGUCCAUCCCCAAUGUAAUUUCUUAAUUCUGUAUAACCAUUAUCCAGUUUGUGUUCCAGAUUUUCAAAGUGUUAAUGGUUAAGAUAGCCUAUUUAUUUAAAUGUGAAACAAACUGUCAGAUAUUGUGAUAGCUGCUGUUAAACCCACUGUAGCAGUCGU